UCGUGGGGAUGAAGUGGCACGUCCUACACGCCCUGUCAGCCCUCCAGCUGCAUACGAUGGCAAUUUAGCAAUUAGAAUACCCCAUGCGGAGUGCUUGCUACGCCUUUGCCCUCGCAUCCGCGAUGACCUGACCCGCUGGGGACGAUCAUCACGUUGCCGGUUAUCAUUUGCUGCUGCGCUCGUUAGCCGAGGCCGCGCCAGGGACCCUCGUUCCCCGACCGUGCUUCCCGUCGCUCUCCCAUCACCAUCUUCCACGCUGCCUCUUGGCCUUUCCCUGUGAUUGUUCCCUUCGCAGUCUCAGCUUCAUUGAUUUUAAACUACUUCAUACGAUGCACUGAACUGCCUCUUACAUCUGAAAAACCACCCCCGACCCUCUCUGCUCCACCAUGAUCAGUGCUUCUAAGCGCUGGUUCCGGCGCAAUCGCAAGGGUCUUGCGAUCGGAGCUGGCGUUAUCGGAGCGGGCUAUCUCGCAGGACAGUACCUGCUGUCCAAGAUCUCGGAGGCGCGAGAGCGCAUGAGCAGUGACCGCAUUGCCCGGGAGAACUUACGGCGACGCUUCGAACAAAAUCAGACCGACUGCACCUAUACCGUCCUAGCCCUCUUACCGACUGCGGCGGAGGAUAUUCUCGAGGCCCUACCCGUGGAGGAAUUGACUAAGGAGCUACAGAAGAAGCGUGCAGAGCGACUGGCUCGCCUGAACGCUGGGGAGGGGACAGGCUCGGACCUGAGCUCAGUGUCGCCCAGUGUAACGGACGAUGAUCGACGGAGCUUGUCUAGCUUCCAGAGUGAUGGCUUCGUCCGCACGAGUCAAUUAGGGGAGUCAACCUUCGAGGGUGGCGGCCCACCACGGCCGAAGCGAAAUAAGACUCAGCUCUGGAACGAGGUCAAGAUAACCUCCAUAACCAGGUCAUUCACUCUCAUCUACACCCUAUCCUUGCUGACCAUCUUCACCCGAAUUCAACUCAACCUUCUCGGCCGUCGAAACUACCUGUCCAGCGUGAUCUCCAUGGCUACACCACCUGCCGACGCAUCGACUAUCCGACUAGAGGACCAUGAUGAUGACGAUCUCACACAGACCUUGGGGAAUGAUUUUGAGACAAAUCGGCGAUACCUCGCCUUCAGCUGGUGGCUGCUCCACCGAGGCUGGAAGCAGUUGAUGGAUGAGGUGCAGGCCGCCGUGACGGAGGUGUUUGGCCCUUUGAACCCUAGAGAGGAUAUCUCAUUGGGUAAGCUGUCAGAAUUGACUUUGCAAGCUCGGAGGAAAAUCGAGGGCGAUACCGAGGAGGACAGGAAGCGUCGGAAGUGGUUGUCUUAUCUGCUCCCCUCGAGGGAAGAGGAGGACCAUCUGUUGGAGGAGUCUGGCGUUCUUGGAGUGACAGAACCCACGACGCCUCAGACGACAGCAUCACUGCGCCAUCUCCUGGACGAGACGGCCGACUUGAUUGACUCUCCAACCUUCACUCGUGUUAUGCUGCUUCUCAACAACGAAUGCUUCCAAACUCUGAUCGACCAGUGCAAAGCAGACGCGUUCAAGUCAUCGUCGCAGGCCCCUAUGUCUGUUCCUCAGUCGUUCACAUCAGUUGCCACGGUCGUCCCGGCAGCUGACAGCUCAGACCCGAAAACGAAACUGGCGAAUGUUCUGGCCGUCCUGGCCCGACAGGCUCACGUCAUCGGAAAUGGGACAGCUCCCCCAAACUUGUAUCUAACCGCAAUUGAUCAGGGAGUGCGCGAGCUGGAGGCCUUUGCGGCUGUUGUAUACAGCUCCAAUUUCGACUCGGAGCUGCUUGGGUCCGAAUCAAGGACGCAGCCAUUGGGAGGAGACACGGGCUCUGAUACCUCUUCUUCUCCUGCCCCAGUGAUGGUCGAGAAGGACGAGGUCGAUGAGGAACAACCUGGCCCCGGAGCGUCAGGCGUAGCAGCGGCCGAUGAUUCGGCCUUUGAGAAGGCGUGGGGGAAGGCGGUAGAAGAUCGACCGUCGAGUGGUUCAACCGUGUAGUGCGGGCUUAUAGCACUUGUUGGGGAUGUCCAUGUCAUUUCGGAAUUUGAAUGGUCCCCCAUCUAUACACCGUCAUGUUUAGGCGUAGCAGGGGAGGGAUAGGGGGUGAUUGUAUGAUAGCUCAUGGAAGCUAGUAAUGAUGAUGAUGACUACUGGUUUAUGUAGGACAGGGAUUGUUCGUCUAGUGGUCUGCCGGGCUUGUUGACUGCCAUCAUGCGGACGCGGCUUAUUCAUGACAGGGGGUGAGCAGCACGUGGCC